UUUCCUGAAUUGUUAGCAUUAUAUUCAGCCAGUAACAUUUGUUGAUACUUUUCAGACAUAAUUGUUUCAAGAUUCUCAAGAAAUCUCCAAAUCUGAAAAUGUUUACAACCUUGAAAAGCCACCUAGGGUUCGGCCCACCAGGGGAAGUACUGGAUAAUGAGAAUGCACCAUAUACAGUUGUCCAGAAAUAUGAGGGUUAUGAGCUCCGUGAGUACCCAGAGAGGAAAUGGAUCUCCACGAAGGGAGUAAAUGAAACCAAGAACGACCGGAUGUUCUGGAGAUUAUUUAACUACAUCAGCGGGAAGAACGACAGGGAGGAAAAGAUCAGUAUGACGGUUCCAGUCCUUACUAGUAAUGAGAGGAAGGAGAAUCAAAGUUUAGAGAGGCAUAUGUCAUUUUACAUUCCUAAUCAAUUCCAGGCUGACCCUCCGGCUCCAAAUGACGAAGAGGUAAAAGUGGUGACCCUGCCAUCUCUCAUCCUUUACACCAAGAUGAUGGGAGGUUUCCCGGACUUCGAGAAGGAAGCUGGUAUCUUUAAGACAGAGCUUGAAGCUGCUGGACAUGAUGAUGUCGAUUUCUCCAUGUUCUAUUCCGCAGGAUACGAUAAUCCGUUCAAACUACUCAAUCGUAGGAAUGAGGUUAUGUUCAAGAAGAUAAUAAAAAACUAAACCUUUCUACAGUAUUCGGCGUUAAUAUUAAUAAAAUGAAGACGACUUUUCCUUUUAAGUUUUAAUGUCGAUCAAGCAUUUUUUCAAAUUACAAGUUUACAAGUAAACAAUAAGAAUCUGUUAAUUUACAACUUCUCUUUGAUUUAUUCCUUAACAUUUUUUAUCUUUGCUUAAGUAUAGUGAAUAGUUCUUGUAUAACUCUAUUUUUUUUAAAUACACAUGAUUUAAUAUAUAUAUGUAAUUCUCUGUAAAUGUAACAUAAUCUUUCAAAUAUACAGACGCGUCAUA